AUGACCUUGCUUUCUCCACCACCGCUAUCAACGAACAAUAACUCAUCCACCCAAGAGCGAGGGAGGCGUGUACCAACCGUAGUCCCGGCACAGGAAACUGUCCUGAAUUGCACUCUGUCCGAUUCUCAGAAGACCGUCGAGAUGCAAAACAUAACCAAACCCCAAAUCUUCAGCAAAGACUUCGCCAUGGAGCCCGAAAUGCUCCAGACCUACACGAAAAACCGCUCACAGACCCACCACUACAUCGACAGCUACAAAGACCCCCCUUCCUGGGACUUCGGCGGCUCCAUGAGCCAACUCUCGUACUCCACAACCGCCGACCCCAUCGCCGUCUAA